AUGCAAAGCCACAUUCGAGGUCUACAAGCACAGGGCGUUUCCACGGGCACGUAUGCAACGUUACUAGUGGACAUUCUGCUAAAAGCAUUUCCCAGCGAGAUGGCCGUAGAGUAUCAUCGUCAGCUGGCGCACGACGGAAGGGCCGGCCAGCGGCAGGCCGCAGGAUCACAGAAUGACGCGGGUGAACAACGGCCGAACGGCUCCGCAACGACAGUGUCACAGCUUGACAGGAUGUUGGAAUUCCUUCGAGUAGAAGUCGAAAGCAGGGAAAGAACUGGAAGCAUCAGCGCAAAGAAAGAGGACGCUAGUCUAAAGUCGAUGAAAGAUCGUCGAGGAAGAAGCCGACCAGCAGCAGCAGUCUUGCAUGCGGCAGCUAAAAGCGGGCUAGGCUGCUUGUUUCUCAGCUCCGAGAACCACGGCACGGAGGUGUGCGACGGUCCAAUGGAUCUUGAACAAAAGAAUAAACUUUUGGCAUCACAAAGUCGCUGCUUCAGGUGCACAGUAAAGGGACAUCGUGCGAAGGAUUGCGGGAGGAAAGUACGGUGCUCAAGGUGCAAAGGCCGUCAUGUGACGUCUCUCUGUGACCCGAAAUGGCGCUCGUCAGCGGAGACACAGGUGAAGUCGGUGGAGGCUACCAGCAUGUACACCGCAAGUACGGGUGAGGACACGAGGGAUAAUGUAGUUCUUCUGCAAACGUUUCGUACGUGGGUCAUCGCUGAUGACCGCUGGGUGUACAUCAGAGGGAUAUUUGAUGGCGGCAGCCAGAAGACUUUCAUCAGGCAAGACAUCUCCAGGAAAUUGAACCUGCAAGUGCUGGGAGAAAUAGUUGUACGGCUGAACACGUUCGGUGAUGCCACACGAUCAGAAACCGCUCACAGACACCGCCUGGUACAAGUACGACUGCGAAGUCAAUAUGAUGAGAAGGAAUACCUGCUUGAAGCGGUGGAGAUCCCGUUCAUCUCCAAAGACAUCGUAGCAGCUUCGGUGAACGACAGUUUUGUGGCAGCAGUCAAAGCCGAGGGUGGAUGCAUCGCCGACGAGGUUUUCUUCGCUGGAGUAGAGGCCCAACCUGGAAUCGGGCUAUUGGUCGGAGCGGACCAAAUGUGGCGACUUCUGAAAACCGGGUUGAGGCGCUCUGUUGGGUCUGAGAGCACAGUGGCUGUCAACACGCAUCUGGGAUGGACGUUCCAGGGACCCAGCCUACUGAAGACAUCGGUGACUAAGGGUACGAAUGCUCUAACUUGCGUGCUCCACGUUCAAGCCACGACAGAGGGGCAUUGCGUCGACAUCAGGAAGUUAUGGGAGUUGGAGAGCCUUGGGAUCACCGACGACUCAAGUGACAAGGGACUUGAAGAUGACGUGACCUUGAGGGACUUUGACAGCACAGUCGAAAAUAAGGAUGGUCGAUACCAGGUCGGCCUACCGUGGAAGGCAGACAGUACUUAG